CGUUGCUCUCCUCUCGCCGCCUUCCGGGUUCGUCUCCCGACUUGGGCCGCCCUAAAACCCAGGACCGCUGGGCGCCUGUCUUUUGCUGCCACCCCUCUCCCCCCCCGAUCUGCAAGGACCGUCCCGGCUGUCUCGAGACUCGUCCUCUCCUUCAUUGCACUCCCCCCCUCCUCUGCCCUUUGACCCGAACGCCCGUCUGCAUUCGACACCAUGCUGCCCAGGGCCAUGUUCUUCCGCGCCAGCCCCGUCGCUGCCCGCUCGCACGUCCGUGUGUUCUACCGAUCGGUCGCCUCCACCACCGACUAUGGCAAGACCUUCGACAAGAUCCUCAUUGCCAACCGCGGUGAAAUCGCCUGCCGUGUCAUCCGAACCGCCAAGAAGAUGGGCAUCAAGACCGUCGCCAUCUACUCGGAUGCCGACGUCAACUCGCUCCACGUCAAGCUGGCGGACGAGGCUGUCCAUGUGGGUCCUCCUCCGACUGGCCAGAGCUACCUGAGCAUCCCCAACAUCAUCAGUGCCAUCAAGCAGACCGGUGCCCAGGCCGUCCACCCAGGCUAUGGCUUCCUCUCCGAGAACGGCCACUUUGUCCACGCCCUCGAUGAAGCCGGCGUCACCUUCAUCGGCCCCAACGAAAAGUCCAUGUUUGCCAUGGGCGAUAAGAUCCAGAGCAAAAUCAUUGCCAAGGAAGCCGGCGUCAGCACCAUCCCUGGCUUCAACGGCGAGGUCCGGGAUGCCGACCAUGCCGUUGAGAUCGCCAACCAAAUCGGAUACCCCGUGAUGGUCAAGGCCUCUGCCGGUGGUGGUGGCAAGGGCAUGCGUAUUGCCUGGAACGACAAGGAGUGCCGCGAGGCCUAUCGUCUCUCUCAAUCCGAGGCGCGCUCCAGCUUCGGCGACGACCGUCUCCUGGUCGAAAAGUUCAUUGAAGACCCCCGCCACAUUGAAAUCCAGCUGAUCGGUGACAAGCACGGCAACGUGUAUUACCUUCCUGAGCGUGAGUGCUCCAUCCAGCGCCGCAACCAAAAGGUCAUUGAGGAGGCCCCCAGUGUCCAUCUCGAUGCCGCCACCCGCAAGGCCAUGGGUGAGCAGGCCGUCGCCCUCGCCAAGCGUGUCGGAUACUACUCGGCCGGCACCUGCGAGUUCCUGGUCGACCCCAAGCGCAACUUUUACUUCCUUGAGAUGAACACCCGUCUCCAGGUCGAACAUCCCAUCACCGAGUACAUCACUGGCCUCGAUCUCGUCGAGCAGAUGAUCCGUGUUGCUGCCGGACAGCAGCUUCCCUUCAAGCAGGAUGACGUGCACAUCAAGGGCUGGGCCUUCGAGUCCCGUGUCUACGCCGAAGACCCCGAGAAGUACCUGCCCUCGAUCGGCCGUCUCAACAAGUACAUUGAGCCCAAGGGCACCGGCAGCGAGGUCCGUUGCGACUCGGGUAUUGUCGAAGGCUCCGAGAUCUCGAUCUACUACGAUCCCUUGAUCUGCAAGCUCUGUACCUACGGCGAGAACCGCAACCAGGCCAUCCACACCAUGGAGAAGGCCCUGGACAACUACGUCAUCAAGGGCGUCACCCACAACAUCCCCCUCCUCCGCGAUGUCAUCAGCCACCCCCGCUUCAAGAGCGGCAAGAUCUCGACAAAGUUCCUUGCCGAGGAAUACCCCACCGGCUUCAAGGGACACGCCCUGACGGCGGAAUCCGAGGCGGAGCUUUUGUCGGUUGCGGCCCUCGUCCACGCCAAGCGCAGCAUCCGCGAGAGCACCUGGAAGGCUGGCGGCGGCUCGUUCAUCGAGAGCGGCGUCUCGGCGGCCCCGUCGUCGUGGGAGCUGUACAUUGGCACCUCCAAGGACACCCUGAAGAAGGUCCAGAUCCGCCAGAAGAAGGACGGCACCUUCGAGGCCAGCAUCGACGGCAAGGAGCCUGUGACCGUCAACGCCGACUGGACCCUGGACUCGGCCCUGAUCAACACCAGCAUUGGCGGCCGUGACUUUACCAUGCAGUUCCUGGAACCCAUCUCGCUCGGCUACAAGCUGCAGCACUAUGGCACAAAGUUCGAUGUGCUCGUCCUCUCCAAGCAGCAGUACGAGCUCAGCAAGCACAUGAAGGAGCGCCCCAAGCUCGAUCUGACUUCGGUCGUUCUUGCCCCCAUGCCCGGUGCCGUCGUUAGCGUUGCCGUCAAGGAGGGCGAGGAUGUCGCCGAGGGAUCCGAGCUGGCCAUUGUCGAGGCCAUGAAGAUGCAGAACGUCCUGCGCGCUCCUCGCGCCGGCAAGAUCAAGAAGAUCCAUGUUGCCAGCGGCCAGUCCGUCGCUGCUGAUGAGAUCAUGAUUGAGUUCUUCCCCGCUGGCAAAUAAUCAUCAUGCACUUGCGCCUUUUUCCCUCUCCCGCCGACAGUCUCCUGCCCAUCCCAUCGCCUGCCAUCGCCGCCCAUAGUUUCACCGGCACCGAGGCCCCCUCUCCACAUUUUGCUUCCCAUUCGUUGUUUCUCUCUUCUCUCUUUCACUUUUCUCUCUCUUGAUUCCUUAUUGUCUCGCUCCGAGAUACGGUAUAGCCUUUCCAUCGAAGAAAAAAUACAGAGGGGGCACUGCUCUUUACAUCGUGUUGA